UUGAUAGAGGCAGAGAAAAUAAGCAAGCAAACAAAAGAGCACAUGGAACCUUCUAUCUACUUAUAAGCUUAUAUAAAAAUGCAUACAUAUAUUUUAUUUUCUUCCUCAUUGAUCAAUACUGGGUUGCUUCCCUUGGCAAUCAUGAGUCCAACUGCCAUCAUUACCAUAGAGGAGAAAUCCCUCUCCCUCCUUCUCUCUAUUUCUCCUCUCCAUACCCACCAGCCCACCAUCACAACACAAAGCCACACACCUAUAUUUAUAUAAUACCAACUUACCUCCCACUCUACUCCCUCAUUCUCCAUUCUUUUCUUUGAUAUUUGUAAACACAUUUUCUUUCCUUUUCUCUAUCAGGAACAACUCAAAGCCAAACAUUAGAAAAAAAAAAAUGUGUAUUAAUAGAAUAGAGAAGUUCCCACCUCCUCCUUUCUACCCUGCAAAGAAAAAGCAACGUUCAAAGAAACCUAAGGUUCAAGUUCUUGGGCUCACAAGCAGGAGAAGAUGUCAAGAAGAGGAGGGAAAGGAUAUGGAACUAAAGAACUUGAAGUUGUAUUUGGAGAACCAAAGUAUUGUCGAAGAGAACGAGAAGCUAAGGAAGAAAGCUAAUCUUCUACACCAGGAAAACUUAGCUUUAAUCUCCGAAUUUCAAAAGAAAUUCCCUCAUGUGGAGCGCUGCUCCGCCGCCUUCUUUUCUUUAAUGUUUACUGAAAAGAUUUGAGAUGCUAAAUUAAAAACUGUAGACUUUUCUUUCCUUCUUUUAACUAUUAUAAUGGUAGAUGAUGAUGAAAUAUUGUAUACCAACUAAAUAUCAAUGAUAUGUUUAUCUUUUCUAUGGAA